AUGGCCGACACUGCUCCUGCUCCUGCUGCUGCUGUUCCAGCAACCGGAUCUGACCGUGUCUUCGGCAUUUCUCAGAUCAAAGCCUACGUUCCCAUCAUGCUCGACAUGGCGAAGCUCAACUAUGACACUUGGAGAGAGCUCUUCGAGACUCACUGUCUCACCUUCGGUGUCCUUGGCCAUCUCAAUGGCUCCUCUCUCCCCUCCUCUGCCACCGAUGCUCCAUGGAAGGAACGUGAUGGACUAGUCAAGAUGUGGAUCUUCGGAACCAUUUCCGAUUCUCUUCUCGACACCAUCAUCACCAAAAACUGCACUGCAAAAGAUCUCUGGAUCUCUCUCGAGAACCUCUUCCGUGACAACAAAGAAGCAUGGGCCAUCCAAUACGACACAGAGCUUCGCACUCUCACCAUCGGCGACAUGAGCGUUCACGUGUACUGCCAGAAACUGAAGACACUCUCCGAUCUUCUAGCCAACGUCGACUCUCCAGUCACUGACCGUGCUCUUGUGAUGUACAUGCUAAAUGGCUUGUCCGAGAAGUAUGAUUACAUCCUCAACGUCAUCAAACACAAGAGCCCCUUCCCCUCUUUCACGGUCGCGAGAUCCAUGCUCCAGAUGGAGGAAGACCGUCUCUCCAAACACUCCAAACAGAGCAUCUCUGCCUCUCCUAAUGCCUCUUCCUCUCAGAUCCUCUACACCUCCACACCUGCGCCACAAACCUCGUUUCAGAACAACACCUCCUCCGGUCAUACCUACACUCGCAACAACAACAAGUUUCGUGGUCGAGGAGGUCGUAACCAGCGAGGCAGAGGACGCCACCAAAACAACUGGUCGCCAUCAUGGAACUACGGUCAUCCACCGUACCCGUACCCGUACGCGUACCCUGGCUCUCCGAUGUACCCACCUCUGCCUAUGUACCAUGCUGCACCAAUAUGUGCUCCACCAAUGUCACACUCGGCCUCCAAUGGCAUUCUUGGACCUUACCCUUCCCGACAAAAUGGUGAAGCACAUCUAGCUCGUGAAACACCAGAAGCCUACCUUGCCUCUGAGAUUAACAACGCGUUCAGCACGAUGUCUCUGCAGGAUCCGAGCGAAUCCAACUGGUACAUGGACACCGGCGCCACAAACCAUAUCACGGCACAACCAGGUAAUCUACAGGAUCACGGGACAAUGCACCACCCGCUCCCAUUCCUCCGGUCGUCGUCGCCGCUCCUCUCCCUCCUCCUCCUCCGGUGCGACAUCCCAUGA